CGCUUCAUUCAUCGUGUUUCUCUGUUUUAUAGCCGUGGAUUUAAUGCAUAAAAGUAUGCUACUCUGUGUCUUAUGAGCGAUCAGGAAGCUGACAGUGUUUGUGUUGUUGAGUGAUCCUUGUUAGUAACGACCGUUUUGAUCUUCAUCAUGAAGCUGAGCUCAUCUGUGUUUGCUUUACUCUGUCUCAUCUGUGAGAUACUGUCCAUCACACUCUUCCUCAGAGGAUUCUUCCCUGUUCCUGUCAAAUCAUCAUUUUCAUCCAAAAGCAAAGUGACUGACUUUCCUGCAGAGCCACUGACAGGAAACAGUCCAAACUCCACCAAAGCCCCUGUGGCGUUAUUCAGGCGGGUGGUUAUCAUGUUGAUUGAUGCUUUGAGAGAGGACUUUGUGUUCGGCUCUGAGGGACGGAGCUUCAUGCCCUACACCAGACAUGUGGUGGAGAGAGGGUCAGCUCACAGCUUCAUAGCCAAAGCCAGACCCCCCACUGUAACCAUGCCCAGAAUUAAGGCACUGACCACUGGCAGCAUCCCGGGUUUCAUAGAUGUGGUGAUGAACCUCAAUUCUCCGGCUCUACUGGAGGAUAACCUCAUCUGGCAGGCCAAGACUGCCGGCAAACGGAUCAUCUUCUACGGUGACGACACUUGGGUGCGCCUCUUCCCCAAACACUUCAUGGAGCAUGACGGCACUACUUCCUUCUUCGUGUCCGACUACACCGAGGUGGACAAUAAUGUGACACGUCAUUUGGACAGCACUUUGAAAAGAGAUGACUGGGAUAUUUUGAUUCUGCAUUACCUGGGUCUGGACCACAUCGGUCACAUCAGUGGACCACACAGCUCUCUGAUUCGACCAAAGCUUAUGGAGAUGGAUGACAUCAUCAAGAAGAUACAUGCCGCGCUCAUAUCAAAGGAAUCUGAAGGAACGUUGCCCAACUUGUUGGUGCUGUGUGGCGAUCACGGCAUGUCUGAAACCGGCAGUCACGGCGGAUCAUCAGAACCAGAAAUCAACACGCCCCUUGUGCUCAUUAGCCCCACCUUCAGGAGGAAAACGGAAUUCGAGGAACCAGGCAUUCUGGAGCAGGUCGACCUCACCCCCACCCUCGCCUUGGGUCUGGGGCUACCCAUCUCACAGAACAGCGUGGGCCGUUUGAUUCCUGCCGUGUUUGAGGAGAUUUCUCUUAGAGAACAGCUCCGCCUUCUCCAACUCAACGGACACCAGCUCAACCGCCUCUUACAAGACAGUAUCCCCACCUUCCACAAGGAGGAUGGUUAUGAGCUGUUUCGUGUGGCGGAGAAGUCCCACGGGAGCUGGAUGAAGCUCUAUUUAGAGGGAAACACCUCAGAGAUUCUCAGCAACAUGGGCAAGAAGGUUCUUAAACAGUAUCUGGAGGCCUUGAAGGCCAUGAGCUCAGCUCUAAGCAAGCAACUGGGCAAAUAUGACAUGUACUCCAUGAUCAUGGCCAUGAUCUUCAUACUGCAGGUUCUGUUCUUGCUCCUGUUGGCCAUGCCUGAGGCAUUGAGCAGGGAGGCGGUUGUUGAAGUCCCGUUGGCGUCGUCUCUGCUGUCUCUGCCCUUCUACCUGCUGUGUCUGCUCGGCUCCGCCCUGCACGUGCUGGUCUGCACCUCUGCCGGGGGUCCCUGUUACCUUUGCACCCUGCCCUGGGUCCUAGUGUUCAUCGCCAUCAUCUACUUCUCCGCCUUGACUUGUGCUCUCGUUGCCAUGGCAGUCAGGAGGAUGCCCACCAGGAGCAAGACCCCCAUUAAAGGUUCUGAUUGGACUCUGUCAGAGUUGGACGCUCUGUUGUUGAUCGGUACAGUGGGUCACACACUCAGUUUGGCUUCAAGCAGCUUCAUCGAGGAGGAACAUCAGACGUGGUACUUCUUGCUCAACACCCUGUGUCUGGCUGUCUUCCAAGAUGUCUGCAGGAAGUACUUCAGAGAGCGGAGACAUAGGGGUAAGGAAGGGGAAGAGGGGCCUCUCCUUCCCUCCAGCGCUGAGGAAGACUUUGUCUCUCCCUCUUCUUUCUCUCCGGCGGUGGAGCUCAGGAUGAGUGCGGGGUCAGAGAGGUGGCUGGCCCUGGCAACCCCGCUCAUCACCCUGGCCUGCUGUCGACUGCUGAGGUCACUGAAUCAGACCGGAGUGCAGUGGGCGCACCUGCCUGACUUUGGACACUGGCUUAACAGUGGAGAUCACAAGGUGUUCCUCUCAGCACUGGCGGCCAUCUCUCUCAUUCUGAUCUUCCUGUUGGUUCAGCGUCACUGCUCGCUCGUGUCUAAGAUCGCCCUGGCGCUCGGCCUGCUCGGAGUGUACAGCUACCGUGCCGCUGUCGGAAACGUCCUGUUCCCAUGGCAACACAGCAGCCGUGCCGUCUCCAAGGGGACUGUCGAGGCGCGAUUUGUCUACGUUUUUGUCCUCGGGAUCCUUUUCACGGGUGUGAAGGACCUGUUGCACUCACAGGUGAUUUCAUCUGCAGUGGACAGUGGGCGUCUGAAGAGCCGAGGAUUGUGGGAAGUGUACAGUGGUGUUGUGUUAUUGGUGGCUCUGCUCUUCAGAGCUCAUAAUCUGCCCACGCUGGCCUGCUGUCUGCUCAUCCAGACUAUCAUGGCUCAAUUCAUCUGGAAGAAACUGCACUACGACGCCGCUCAGACUACAAUCAUGCACUACUGGUUCGGCCAGGCAUUCUUCUUCUUUCAGGGGAACUCUAACAACAUUGGGACGGUGGAUAUUUCUGUGGGCUUUGUUGGUCUGGAGAGUUAUGUAGAAGCACCUGCCAUUUUCCUCACAGUGCUGAGCACCUACGCAGGACCACUGCUCUGGGCCUGUCACCUGCUGUGUUACCUCAGCUCAGAGAGAGACAGGGCUAUGAUGGGUCUCGGUCAAGGCAGUUACAUCUUCGCACUCCUACGGUCCAUCCCAGCUGUGUUCUAUGUGGUUCUUGUAACUGCCCUUCGAUACCACCUCUUCAUCUGGAGCGUGUUCUCUCCCAAACUCUUGUAUGAGGCCAUGCACAUGCUCGUCACCACUGCUGUGUGUUUGUUUAUCACUUUCAUGGAUCAGGACCGCACCACCAGACCAUGAGUCCAAAUCCCAAACCCAGAACCAAACUCAGGUAUAGGAAGAGGAAGGAGUUUCAGCUCAUAUCUGCAAAAGGUCAAAAGAAUGGUUCAGUAGAUGUUCAAUGUAUUAAAAGAAGAAAUUAAAAUGGUUUGACAUGAAAUUUUAAACCGUUUGUAAGUAAAAGGGGGUAUAGGGAAUUAAAGUACUAUUGAGAAUGUAGGUUUAUACUCUUUGGUUACUCUUUCUAUUCAAACACAAUCUAGCCCAGUCCAGUAAAAUCCACUUUAGUUCAGUUCGGCCUUAUCUAGCAUAGUCCAUUUAAAUCCUCUCCACUCCAGUUAAAUCCAUUCUAGUCCAGUCCAUUAAAAUCUACAUAAUUCCAGUUCAAUCUAGUCCAGUCCGGUCAAAUCCCUUUUAGUCGAGUUCAGUUCAGUCCAAUAUAGUCCAGUCCAGGUCAUUGCAAUGUAGGUGAGUCCAGAUAAAUACAGUCCAGUUAAUCUAUCCUGGUCCAGUCCAGUUCAAUUUAACCCAGUUCAGUUAAAUUCACUCCAAGCCAGUUCACUCCAAAAAGUCCAGUCUCAUUUAGCCCAGUCCAUUUAAAUCUUUUUUUCUCCAGUUAAAUACAAUCUAGUCCAGUCAAGACCAGUGUAAUUUACUCCAGUCCAGUCCCUUAUAGUCAUGUCUAUUCAAAUCCAUUUCAGUUCAAUCCAAUAGAGUCAAAUCCACUCCAGUUAAAUCUAGCCCAGUCCAAUUUGGUCCUAUGUAGUCCUGACUAUAUAGGACUAAAUUGUGCAUUCAAGUUCACUCUAGUCCAGUCAAAUCCACUACUGCGCUGUAUCAGUUUUUUACGUUCAUGGAUCAGGACUGCACUACCAGACCAUGAGUUCAAAACCCCAAACUCAAGUACAGGAAGAGGAAGAAAGACAUCAUAUCCACUGCACCAUACUCUCAGCCUUUUCAGAUUUUCUGUGCAUGAAAAGAAGAAAUUUUAUUAAAGUUUCAAGAAGAAAGUGUGGAUGAAGAGAUGGAGAUGGUAAUUCUACAUGACUACUGUGAAGUUGAAUAAGCCAUCAAGAGCUCAGUGUUGAGAUUCUGAGCUAACAAUAAGAUUUUACUGGGUCUACUGACUUGAUGUAUUUCUGUGUAUGUAAAUAAAUCAUUUUUAUAAGAGCAUUUUUGGAGAUGAAAAAGAAUGAUAGUGAUAGCCCAGACAACAAACCAUAAGACUUUGAGUGUACAUUUACUGUAGUAAUCCCUCUCCCUCCUGUGUUGGCAAUUUCCCUCUUAAAGCUUUACAGAUGAAAGAAAGUGUAAUUUACUGUGUUUUUCACAAUUUCUGUUCCUGGCCGUGGCUUCACCUCUGGUAUAAUAUGAGAUACAUCAUUAGUAACCCUUCCCUCGCUUACAUAUCCAAACUCCUCACGAACUUUGAAGCUUCAAGGGAUCAUAAAAUGUUUUAAAGUUAUAUCUGAACACCAGUAUACAUGACGGUUCAAUUUAAAUUGCCUUUUAGGAAUGUAAAUUGUGAACUGAUUUAUAGUGGUUAAGUGGUCCUCUUGAUCUUAGUGCAAAGAUCUGAUUAAUAAUAAAGUAAACCCUUUUUUAGAUGGGGAAAAUUCUAUGUGCAUUUUAAUGUGUGACCCACUGUUUUUCCGCUCUGUUAAAGAUUUUAAUAUUUAUAUCUGUAUUUAGGUUAAAAACCAAAAAUCUGUUAAGAACGUAUUAUUAAUUUAAUUCAGAUAUUAUUCAGUAAUACUAACACAGACGUGAGAAGCAAUAAAUCUAUUUAAUGUUAAUCUGAGAGUGACACAAACAGCUGCUUAUCAGUUGUUACAUUGCACUGGAUAGCUUCUCACAAAUAUAGGUCCAUACUCUUGUUCCGGAAGUAAAAAUCCUAUUCACUUUCUCCAUAGAUUAAUUGUUUUUUAACACUAACUUUUCAACCUUUAGAGACAGGCUCUGAAGUUGUUAAUCAAUAAUAAAUUUAUA